AUGAACUAAAAUUCAUUUUAUGAUUAUGUCCACCCACAAUUGAAGUACAGUGUGUUUGAUAGUCAUAUGCUAAUCGAUAGAGAAGAGAAAAAGCGGUAUUAGGAACCUGUAAUCUAUUAUUAUAUGUUAGGUUGUAACUAAGGAUUGCAAUCAUCCAAGAUUCUGUUUUGAAAAGAAAGAAGCCAUUUAAUAGAUCAUGUUAAAUAAAAUUUAUAAAUGUCCAUAAUGUCAAAAAAUUGCUAAAAAUGUAGGUGAUUUAAUUUAAGAUUGGAGAUCUUAAGCAUAUCGAGAAUUCAAUUAAUACAUUACUGAAGUUACAGUGAUUAGAGGAAUUAUGGUUAACAAAUAUGUCAGAAAUAAAACAAGAUAUCAGAACUUUUUUAUGUAAGAAGUUUAUUAGAAUGAAUUUUUAAAUAUGUUUGAAAGAAUUAGUUAGGAAAACUCUAUUAAUUUUUUAAUGAAAAACAACUUAAGCAGUGGUUAAGAUUAGAAUAGAAAAAUUUAAUUUUGGAGUUUCUGUUUGUUAGAUAAAGUAAAAAUUACUAUUCCUGUUAGAAUAAUUGGAUGUAAGCAUUAUGAGUGCUAUGAAUUAACAAGUUUAUUAUUUUAUUAGUAGUAAAACUAUUAAAAAAAGCAAUUCUUAGAAUGCACUCAACCUGGAUGUUCAAAUAGAUUAAAAAUUGCCCAUUUAGAUUACACAUUAUUAUCAACUUAAUAAUUUGAAAAUAAUUGUGUUUAAGAAUAAGAUAUUCAAACAUUAUUUGAUGGUAUUUAAAUAGAUUUUGAUUUAUUAAAUGCAAUAAAAAGAAGUCAUCCAAGUUCAUACAAAUUUUAUUAUAAUCAGGGCACUUAAAAAAUUGAAGAAGAUGUAUAAAUAAUUAAUAACAAAUAUAUUGAUCCAUUAAUAGAGAAAUAUUAUUAAAGUAAUAAAGAACUUUAAUAAAGAUAAUAAUUCGAUGAUUUUUAAAAUUCAAUAUUAUAAUCUGCAAUUUCGGUAAGUUAGGGAGAUCUGUUGAUAGAUGAAAAAUAAUUAGGCAUAAGAAUAGCCUUAUAUAAAUAUAGAAAUUAUAAAGUAAAAAUGGUAGAUCUUUUAACAAAUAUGAUAAUUGAAUACCCUGUAAGAUGUAAAUUCUGCACUGAUUUAAGUGUUUGUAUGGAUAUGAGAAGUUAUAUUGCAGAUUUUACUUAUUAAAAAAAGAUAUUCCCAAAUAAAAAUUAUACUUGUCCUCUAUGUAAAACACCGUAAAAAGUAUCAAUGAUUAGAGCAACAAUUUAAUCCAACAUAUAUCUUGAUUCAAACAUGCUUUCAUAUAUGUUUACAGAUAUGUCCUAUACCUAAGGAACUUAAGUAUUUGAAUAUAAAGGUUAGUAAUAUAUGCUUUAAGAAUUUAUGGAUAGAUAAAAAAUCAGAAGAGAAGACUAUAUAG